AUGAUACACAGGGCUAUCAUGUUACUGUUAUGUGCCCUAAAUCUAAAUCAGAAUCAGAGAUGUAGGUUAAACACACGCUUACACUUCGGCGAACCUUUACCGGUUAUUCUAAGAGAUAACAAACUUCUGGAGCCUACAGACGCCUUUGGUAACAUUGAUCUGAAGCAUGGUGAUGUGUUGACUUUGAGUUGUGAAGAAGGAGGAUCUCUUACUCAUCCAUUGGCUUUGAGAUCUGAAAGCACAGCCACCGUUACCUGUGAAGGAGGAGACAGUUUCAAAAACGAGCAAUGGUUAAACUCCCCAGGUACUUUUCGCGAGUUUAAAUGCUUAUAUCCUCCAAACUAUAAGAGCGUACGGACAAACCGAAGCUGCUAUGAUAAUCAUCAGAUCUUUGAAGUUGGGUACAGAAUCCAAAAUAGAUUUUACCCAGUUUACGAGUCCUGCUUUGAUCAAGUUAAUCUUAACCCUAUUUAUUCCAAGUACACCCAGAAACCAUAUAACGCAUUUUAUCAGACCAGAGUUGACCGACCGUUCUUCAUAGCGGACGAUGUCUAUGGGUCUUAUGUACCAGUGAACACGCUGUUCUCUCCAGCAGGUCAAAAAUCUGCAGUGACUCAGCUUAUAGGAGCUGUAGCCGAGAAUUACCUUACGAAGACGCAAUUUCUUUCAAGAGGACAUUUGGCGGCUAAGACAGACUUCGCAUUUGCAUUCACUGAGCGAGCCACGUUCCAUUACGUAAACUGUGCUCCUCAGUGGACAGGGUUUAAUGGUGGAAAUUGGAAUCAGUUGGAAAUAGACCUUAGGAAUCAUAUUCACGCCGUUGGCUGCAAUGCUAUUAUUUACACUGGCACAUUCGGUGUCACCAAACUUGCAAGUGAUUACGGCCGAAGAGUAGACAUGUAUCUUUAUAGUGAUGAGAACAACAAUCCAGUUAUACCUAUACCAGAAUAUUUUUAUAAAGUUGUGUACGAACCUUCAAGCAAGUGCGGAAUUGCAUUCGUCGGUAUUAAUAAUCCUUAUUAUACACCUUUAGAAGCACGUGAAAUGUUCUUCUGCGAAGACUUGUGUAGAAAUAAUAGGAAUUUCAGUUGGCUAACGUGGCAUCCUGAUAAUCCAGCAGAAGGAUACACAUUUUGCUGCACAGUCCCAAAUUUCCGAGCAACUGUACCGCAUUUGCCAGAAUUUAAAGUGAACUGUCUUUUUACUUGA